CGGCGUUUGCGCAGAGGCUUCAAAGGCGCCGCCGCCGGCCCGGCCGUCACCGCAAAAUAGAUAAUACAUAUGGAUAAUUACCACAGUUUCGUGUAAACAUAAUGUUCGAAUGCUUCGUUCAAAAUGUGGCCAAAUAAAUUACGAAACUACAUUUUUUCAAAGCAUAUGGACCAUUUAUUUGCACAUCUUGGUAUGAACGCUAUUUGAAAUGCUCAAACACACAAUUAUUCAAUAGUAGAAUCUUCCUACUCGUAUAUUGGCGAAAUCGCAAUAUUUGGAAUGCAAUUUCCACAGUUUCGUGUAAACAUGUUUUAAAUAAGAAUGCCUUUUUAUUAUAAUUUAAAUAAGAAUGAAUUAUUAUAUUACAAGAAUUAUUAUUAUUAUGCAAACAUUAUGUUUGAACGCUUCGUUCAAAUCUUAGCCAUAUUAUAAUACCGAAACUAUUUUUUUUUCAAAACAUGUAUAACAUCCACAGCUUGGUAUGAACGUUAUUUUCGAAUACUCAACACAUCUAUAAGUCAUUGAUAAAUUUUUCCUAUACUGGCGAAAUCGCAAUGAUUGUAAUGCAUAUGGAUAAUUUCCACAGUUUCGUGUAAACAUCAUGUACGAAUGCUUCGUUAAUUUGGCUAUAUAAAUACCAUUUUUUCAAAGCAUAUGGACAACUUGCACAGCUUGGUAUGAACGCCAUUUUAAAUGCUCAAACACACAAUUAUUCAAUAGUAGAAUCUUCCUAUACUGGCGAAAUCCCAAUAUUUGUAAUGCAUAUGGAUAAUUUCCACAGUUUCGUGUAAACAUCAUAUCAAAAAAAUUGCCUGAAAAAAAUACAAUAUAUCUUACUGUGGCGAAACCGAAAUAUUUAUAACGCAGAUAGGCAACCUCCACAGCUAGGCGUGAAUGCCCUAUCCAACUGCUCAAACACGCGUAAUAUUCGUAAUGCAUAUGGAUAAUUUCCACAGAUUCGUGUAAACAUUAAAAGCCCCGCAAGUUAAUAUUGCGAUGAAACCUUGUCACAAUAAUACGAGGGUAAAUCAAAAAGUUCUUAGAAUCACUAUAAAAAAACCAGGAGAUGUGUACAAAAAUAUUUUAUUUUUCAACGUAAUCUCCUUCUAAUUCAAUACAUUUAGUAUACCGCUUCUCUAACUUUCUAAUUCCUUCCAAAAAAAAUUCAUUUUCUUGACUCUCAAAAAAGUCGUCUAAGCCAUAACUGCGUCGUCAUCACUAUAUUUAGUUCCACGGAUGUGCUCCUUUAAUUUUGGAAAUAGGUGAAAGUCACUAGGGGCUAAGUCCGGAGAAUAUGGUGGGUGAUCAAGAAGAUCGAAGCCAGCACUGCGGAUUGCCGUGAGCGCAACUUCGGACCGAUGCGCAGGAGCGUUAUCGUGAAGAAACAACACGCCCAAUGACAGUUUUCCUCGCCGUUUUUCCUUUAUAUUUUCACGCACUUUUGGAAAUAAAUUAGCAUAGUAGGAUCCAGUAAUGGUCUGUCCUUUCGGCAUGUAAUCGAUAAAAAGGAUUCCUUCACUAUCCCAGAACACAGAGGCCAUAACUUUGCCGGCGGUAGGAGCAACGCGAAAUUUCUUCAUUGGUGGCGAUGAUGGCCGUUUCCAAGACAUGCUUUGUCUUUUAGUUUCGGGAUCAAAAUGGUGGACCCAUGUUUCAUCCAUGGUAACAACACGACGGCAAAAUUCAUCCGGAUCGGACUGUAAUAUUUCAAGAUUGCGCUUUGAAAUUUCCAAACGACGUUUUUUGUUUUCUUCUGUUAACAUUCGUGGUACCCAUCUUGCCGACACUUUUCUGAACCCCAAGGAAUCUGUUAAAAUGGAUUGGAUGCUUCCAAAUGAAAUCUUUAGGACCUCGGCUAAAUGUUUUAUAGUUAUUCUUCUGUCUUCCAGAACUAACUUCUCGACCUUUUUGAUAUUUUCUUCUGUGAUGGAGGUUGACGGCCGCCCUGAACGCAGAUCAUCUUCACAAGUUGAUCUACCCCUUUUAAAUUCCGAAACCCAGUAAGCUACUGUAGAAUAGGGUAAAGCAUUAUCCCCUAAUGUCUCCUGAAUAUCCAAAAAAAUUUCCUUAGUGGACAUUUUUUUUAGGCACAGAUACUUUAUCACCGCACGUAAUUCGUUUUUUUCCAUAUUUCAAUACGUUGGAAUACCCUUGGCACUUAAUAAUUUAUUGCUUGUAAACGAUACGACCGAAUCGAUUGUAACUGAGCAUAAACAUUAUACGAUAAUCACUCUUUAAAAAUAAUAAUAAACUACCCACAAAAAAAAUAUAUCAAUAUGUCAUUCUAAGAACUUUUUGAUUUACCCUCGUAGCUGCGUGACGUCAUCCGUCGCAAAAAAGUACAGAUAUAAAAAAAAAGUUGUUAUAAAAAGUAAAUAAGCUAGGGUUAUGGGUUUAUUGGUAAUAGCGAGACUUCUGUUUACGAGGGGAGGUCAAAAAGUUCGCGGAAUAAGGGGGAAGCGGGUUGAAAUUAAACACCAAACUAUUUUUCCUUUUCAAUAUAUUCUCCCUUCGGAGUAAUCGGAUCGACACCUGAAGUUGUCAGAAAUAACAUCUUCGUUUCGGCGUGUUUCCACCAGUUUUUCUUUUCCAAGCAGUUUAUUUUUGCGAAUGGAUAGACUUCUAGCUUGAUGACAUUUAGUCCACACUCGCCCGGCGAUUUUAAAAUGUACUGCUUCCCGUUCGCAUGUCUCGAAAUAGAUUGCGAGAUUGAGCCAGUGGUCGCUGGUACAUUCUGCAGACCGAAGAAGUCUUCGAUUAAGUCUUGGUUGACCGCAAGCGGCUCUAAUUUCUCGGAUUCGCUGGCAUCUACAAGUGCUUCCGUUAUAGGCGCAGUCGUGGACGACAUGCAGAUGAUCGUUUCCGUGGUUGGACACCCAGAAGACACUCCCUUUGAAGCUACAACCGGCGUUUCCAUUGAACUCACAUAUGCGUGAAAUACGAGGGCUGCUAUUUAUGUAUCCGGAAUAACAAAAUUAAACAAACAUAUAUUAUUACAUAUGGUUUUAUUGUUUCUCGAAGUAUUCUCCGCGAUGAUCUAUGCACUUCUGCAUACGAUGAAACCAAAUUUCAAAGCACUUUUUCCAUUCUGAUUGAGGUAUGUCCAAAACGUGUGUUUUGAACGCAUCAACGGCCUCUUCGCGGCUCGAAAAACGUUGACCACGUAAUUUAUUUUUAAUGUUUGGAAAUAAAUAAAAAUCAUUGGGUGCCAGGUCGGGGCUGUACGGCGGAUGACCCGUCAAUUCAAUCUUUUGACCCUCCAAAAAAUUAUUUGUUUCAGCCGACUUGUGGCAGCUAGCAUUGUCGUGAUGAAGUAUGAUUCUGCGUUGUGGGUUGUUCUUUCGUAUUUUUUCAAAGACUUCUGGCAAACAAAUGGUGGUGUACCAUUCAGAAUUAACCGUCCUACUAUUCUCUAGUGGCACUGUAGCUACAUGUCCGUUGAUACCAAAAAAACAAGCGACCAUUUGCUUUAAAGUGCUUCUCGCACGAACAACUUUUGUUGGAUUCGGUUCAUCUUGAAAGACCCACACCGUUGACUGCUGUUUAGUUUCAGGGUCAUAAGCAUAGAUCCAGGUUUCGUCACCUGUGUAGAUAUUAUAAACAGCUUUUGACGUGCCACGGUUGUAUUUUUUUAUCAUUUUCUUACACCAGUCGACACGAGCCUGUUUUUGAUCUACGCUCAAGUUGUGCGGAAUCCAACGCGAACAAAUUUUUUUAACAAUUAAAUGUUCGUGUAAUAUCGCGUGUAUACUCGUCAUACUAAUGCCCAGAGACGCCUCUAUCUCGCGGUAUGUAACAUGACGAUCUUGCAUUACUAAUUGUCGCACAGCAUCAAUAUUUUGUUGUACCACUACCGAUUUAGGACGACCCUCCUUAAUUUCAUCCAUGAGCAUAGACCGUCCACGUUGAAAUUCCUUAAACCAAUAAUACACAGUGGUUUUCGAUGGUGCUUCAUCUCCAAAAGUUAAAAUCAGUUGUUCGAUGCACUGUUUUUGAGUUAAUCCACGCCGAAAAUCAUAAUAAAUCAUCGCGCGAAAAUGUUCACGAGUUAGGGGAUAAACUGCGUUAAGCGUGUGCACGCACGUGAGCACGUCACGGGCCACGCUUCUGGUGCACGCACGUGAGCACGUUCGCGUGCUUAUGCGCGGGCAUCGGCGCGUGCAUCCGCGUACGCAGUUUUCUCAGUACAAUUUGGACGUUGGAGGUGUACAGUCGAAUAAGUAAUAAUGGAUAAAUUAAUGUUGUAUUAUUUAUCAAGACGACGGCGACGACGAAUUGCCAAAAAAAGACGCCAGCCAGUAAGCCCGUUCGUUGAAUCUAGGUUACUGUGCGGGGAAUUCGUGGUGAAGUUUGGUAUAUUAAGAAAAAAUGAAAGGUUUUUUUUCAAAUAUUUUAAAGUUUCAUUACAAGUCUAUGAUGAAUUAUAUUCAAAACUGGAGCCCUAUUUGAAGACUAACAAUCUACGAUUGAAAUCUACGUCAAUCGUAUCACCAAUGGAACGAUUUGCAAUGACAUUGCGAUAUUUAGUUAGUGGACAUACCUUCGUCGAUAUUCAUCUGGCGUAUCAGACAGGACUAACCACGGUCAGAAAAAUAGUAACAGAAGUUUGUCAAAUUAUAAUUGAAAGGUUAAAGGAAGAAUGUAUACCAAAAUUUUCCCGUGCGCUAUGGGUAGAGACUGAAAAAGGUUUUUUAACGCAAGCCCAGUUUCCUAACUGCAUAGGUGCAAUAGACGGAAAACAUAUACGCAUUAUAAGACCUCCACAUAGUGGUUCCCUCUAUUACAACUAUAAGCAUUACUAUUCUAUUGUACUGCUUGCAAUGUGUAACGCCAACUAUGAGUUUACCUAUAUAAACGUGGGAGUGCAGGGUAAAGAAUCUGACUCCGCAAUUUUCACACAAAGCCGAUUGUACGAACAAAUCAACAAUGACUUAAUAGAUAUUCCUCCUGCCAAAGCAUUGCCCGUAAUACACAAUGAUAAACCAACCAACAUUGCUGCAACCGCAGCUUUGCCCUAUAUUAUUGUAGGAGAUGAAGCAUUUGGGUUAUCUAGCCAUGUCAUGCGGCCAUAUGCUCGAGCUCUCGAUUUAAACUACAAAAAAAAAAUAUUCAAUUAUAGGUUAACGAGAGCGCGACGUUAUAUUGAGUGUACAUUUGGUAUCAUGGCUAAUAAAUUUCGCAUACUCCAUCGUCCAUUGAACGUUGGAAAAGACAAAGCAAUUUGUUUUCUUAAAACAAUUUGUAUUUUGCAUAAUUUUAUAAGAUCAAGAAGUCAAAUUAAUGACUUUCAUGAUAUUGUCAUUAUACCAGACCAUAUACGUUCAGUUCGGGGGUUAUAGUAGAACCGCCUAAAUGAGUCCUCGCCCGCGGAGUACAAGGGGCGCGGGGGUACGACGACGAAGGGGAACGAAAGAGGUGCGGGCGGCGGUCGAGCGUAGCGUGUAAUACAAGAGGCGAAAUGUUACUGGACAUUUCUUGAGAUAUGUGAAGUCAUAGUGGUUAGCGGCAAACAGGUGAAGAUUUUUAUUAAAAAAUUAAUAAUGGCUAUACAAAAUUUGAAUGAAACAACUGUAAACUAUACAACGUGUUCCUUUUGUUAUCCCAUAUCUCCAUGGUAUCAACGAGACCACGUACAUGAAUUAAAUAGCAUAAGCAUUUUUCGAUUAUUGUUAUUUUCAAAUUUUUAUUUUUCAUACAAAACAAUUCGAUAAAAAUGUGAUUUUAUGAUAUAUAGGUAUGAUAUGUAGGUAAAAAAAAGGUAAUAAAGUUAUGUAUGUAAUAUUUAUUUAUGCAAAAUUUAUCAAAAUUAUAAAUCAAUCACUUAUGUCCAUAAUAUCAGUAUCACUGGAACUUGAUUCUUCACUUUCGAAACAGCCAUCAUCAGAAUCAUCAGAAUCGUCUUGCACAUUAAUAAUAAAAUCAACAACUUCAUCUAGUGCUCCAUCAUGUUUGCAAUAUUCGUCUUCGAUUUUAAUCACGUGUUUAACACAAUUCUCCCAUUUCUCUUUGGGAUAUUCAGCAAAUAAUCUCUCUAAUAUUUCUUUUUUCUGGUCCAAAUUAGAGUCGAUACUUUUUUGUGCUAAUUGUCCUUUGAUAUCACCCCAGACCAACUCAAUGGGGUUCAGGUCUGGGUGAUAUGGAGGCAAACGCAAUACUUCGUGUCCGUUUCUUUUCAAUACCUCGUCAAUUUUGUAAAUAUCUUCUGUGAAAUGGCUUUUAAUUAAUUUAUAUAAGUCAUCUUUUCUAAGUUUUUCAUCAAAAGGCACGUUAUGUCGUCGUAGCCAUUCUUGCAUAGUUGGCUUGGUAGAAGCCAUAGUUGGCUUUUUCUCUUCUCGAACCGAAUGAUAAGCUGCGUUGUCCAUUACUAUGACAGAAUUUUGCGGUAUAUUAGGCAUGAGCUUUUCAUUUAUCCAUUUACUGAAAUUUGCGAAAUUCAUAGAAUCGUGAUAAUCACCUGUUUUACAUUUGGAUUUGAAUAUCACAAGGGCUCCGUCUACAAAUCCAAUUUGACCUCCACAAUGUACGAUGAUCAAACGGUCCCCUUUACCAAUAUGAGAUAGAACGCCAAGUUCAUCCUUUGAUUGCCAACAUUUUGAAACGUUAUGAGACGCGUUUACAUAAGUUUCGUCAAGGUAUAAAAUAUGUCUUCUUUCUCUACGAUAUUUUUUAAUAGUAUUUAGGUAUUUCCACCUCCACGAUGUGAUAUUUGGCUGUUCGAUAAGGAGUUUCCUUUUAGAUCCGCAUUUCUUAAAUUUAAAACCUAGAUCAUGUAAUAAUAGCCUUAAAUAUUCCCUGCCGCAGUGUAAUAUAUUCUCUUCUCUAAGUACAGCGUUCAAAGUUUUCAGAGUAGGUAUUUUUUUGAAAAUUGUGUAAAACUGAGUGACUUUUCUUCUUACCACUCCUUUUGUGAAAUCGUCUAUUUCCACUCUUUUUCUACGAACCUGUUUUGGUUUUCUUGGUGAUUUAAAUCUCUCGUUGUCAUUUAAUGCUUUCCCUUGUUGUACAAUUCUAGAUACAGUCUUUUCUGAUAAUCCAGUAACUUCUGCUACAGUUUUAUUUAAAGGUAUAUCUUGUUUAUAUUCAUCAGAAUUUGGGUCGAGUUUCUUUUUUCUAAAAUAUUCAUAUACGUUAAACGCCAUUUGUUUGCACUGACUAUUAAUUCUAUGUCCGAAAACAUUUCGACUCAUCUUGAGAAUGUAAUCUCAUGUAUAACUUUCACAAGGCGUCCGCAACUGUCAACACGUGUGAUCGCUAACCGCGUAGCGAGCGAACUGAGUUUUUACAAGAAUGCGCCCGCCGCCCGCACCUCUCUCGGUCCCCUUUGUCGUCGUACCCCCGCGCCCCUUGUACUCCGCGGGCGAGGACUCAUUUAGGCGGUUCUACUAUAAUUGGAAAUACCCACAGAGAUUCGUAUACAUUACGCGAUAACUUCGCAGAUUAUUUCGUUGCAGACGGACAGCUGUCAUGGCAAGAUCGCAGUAUUUAUUGAAGGCUUUUUUAUGUACAUUCAAUAAUUGAAUUUUCACGGUUUUUUACCACACAUUUUUUAUUAACAUAGCAGGCAUAUUUUAAUAAUAUACCUAAUGAUUUUAUUUGUUAAAUUCAUCGGAUGUAACCAGUUGCGCCGCCAUGACAGUCGAAAAUUAUAAGAAAUUCAGUAUUCUUACAUUAAAUAGGUAAAAUGUUAUGUAAUUACGCAUAAAAUGAAACUUUUUUUCUUUCAUUACACAUCCAGUGAUGUGUAGUUUGUACAGUGUCUAAAAACACAAGUAGGCAUCUUUUUUACUAAAAUAUUAUUGGUACUCAAACACAUGUAGACGCGACACCGAUUGGAGCGUGACUAACUGCAUGGUAGGCAAUUACCUUCCAUUGCUCUUGCCUUUGAAAGCGAUUAAACAAACGACGAUAAAGGUGUUUGUACUUCUCUAAUGAAUUGUUUGGUAGAUUUUAUACCGUCGUAUUUAAGUGCUGCUGAGUGGAAUAAUUUACCUCGUACAUCUCGAGCAACUGAGGUGCGUUGUAAAGUGUAAUACAACGCACCUCCACCUUUUACAAUUACGUAAAGCCUCACAAGGUCUCCAAUUAUAAGAAUACAUUCGAGUUCGAAAAGCUGUAUAUUUUGGGAAAUAUAUCAUUAUUAGACAAUACAAUACAUGGUGUACGAUUCACAAUUGCAUCAUCUUGAAAUUUAACUUUAACAUUCAUGGUAUCACCACCGAACAACUCUAAUACAUUUUUCAGAUCUCUCAAAUAACUUAUUUAUACCAUCGAAAAAAAAUGAUUUAUCUUUGGUGUCAAUAUAGGCCGAAAUUGCCGACUUCACUUUUUCAUCGUCGCCAAAUUUUUUUCCACGCAGUUCUUUUUUCAUUUUUGGAAAUAGAUAAUAGUCACUGGGUGCCAGUAGGCUUACUCUCGAAUCACAAUCCCAAUAUACGAUCCCAAUCUCAAUGCAAGAAACGUCAUUUGGCACUCUUGAAUUUAACACUAGCGCCACAUUGGUGCGGAUAUUGAGUGAACUAAAUUUCAUUGAGAUUGAGUUUUGGAACUUGAGAUCGUUACUCUUGAAGCCACUUUGACAGCUCCAUAUUGCGUUGAAGUUGUGUUGUUAUUGGAUAUUGUAACAAUAGCGAAAGAGUAACUUUGUUAGAACUGAGUUAACAUUUUAGUUGUGAAAAAGUGCAUAAAAUGGCUCGUUUGGUGUUGCAAAGCGUAAUUCUUAGUGAUGUCUAUAGGAAGGAUUUGCGAGAAACGCGUAAUUUUCGUAGGAUUGCUCGAUACGCCGAUAAAGCCCUUGCUCAAAGUGAUGAUGAAUUUAAGCGAAAUUAUCGUGUCACCAAGACAUUUUUUCAUGGAUUGUGCCAAGAACUUGUACCCUUGAUGCAAACUCCAAAAAGGAGAAGUGAUAUCAGUACAAAAUACAAGAUACUAGUAGCACUUUCAUUCUUUGCGACUGGCAGCUAUCAACGCCUAGUGGGAAGUUCACUAGGUACUCCCAUGUCACAACAAUCAGUGUCUCGAGCAUUGAGGGAUGUAUUUGCAGCAUUAAAUAGCCCGAGUGUCCUGCAUAAACACAUAAAAUUUCCUCAAACCGAGCAAGAACGCAAUGUUAUCAAAAGAAAGUUUUAUGAAAAAUUUAGUAUCCCUGGAGUAAUAGGAUGCAUAGAUGGAACCCAUGUGGCUAUACUACGUCCUGCUGAAAAUGAGAGAUAUUUUAACCGGAAACAUUUCCAUUCAAGGAAUGUAUUAAUAAUUUGUGACUCUGACUUAAAUAUAUUAAGUGUGGAUGCAUCAUUUGGAGGAGCAUCACAUGAUAGUUUUAUUUGGAACCAGCAUCCAAUAAAAGACCACCUCACGCAAUUGAUUAAUGCUGGUGAAUCUGCAUAUUUACUUGGUGAUUCUGGGUAUGCACAAAGGGAAUAUAUGAUGACGCCCAUCGUGGAUGCUGCUGCUGGCUCUCCAGAGGAACAUUAUACAAAAAUGCAUGUGACAGCACGUAAUACAGUGGAGCACACUAUUGGGGUGCUCAAAAAUCGUUGGAGGUGUUUGUUGGGGCAUAGAGUGUUACAUUAUCACCCUGUUGUAGCAGCAAAAAAUAUAAAUGCUUGCUGUGUGCUCCACAAUAUGUGUAACCGGGCACAUUUAAUAAUGGAAGAUGAUGAGAACCCUAACAACAUAAACAGACCUAGUGAUGCAGAACCUGCACUACAAGAAAGAGCUGGAGCUUCUAUAGAGCUACAAAGCUUCUAUAGAGUUACAAUCUAUAUUGACCUAAAAUACAAAGAUACUAGUAUAAUUUUUAAUUAAUAAAUUAUUAUUUAAAUAACAUUUAAAACUACACAAAAGUUUAAAAGCCUACUAAUAAUAUUAUAAAUGCUAAAAUUUGUAACAAUGUGUGGAUGUGUAUAUGUUUGUUACUCUUUCACACACUACUGGACGGAUUGUUAUCAAAUUUGGUACACUGGUACAUAAAUAUACAUAACUUGGAAGAUCAUAAAAGAUACUUUUUAUCCCGUAAUUCCCACAGGAGCGAAGCCCCGGGGCGCAGCUAGUAUACUUAUAUGUAUUUAAAUAUCAUUUCCCAUGAUUGUUAAGUUAUAUAUUAUCAUUUAUGGGAAUGAUGGGGUCUCCCUGUAGUUGCAGCAGCAAAAUGUUCGCCCAUGUCUCUUACUGCUGUAGCAAGGCGCUCGCCGGAGUCCGUUAACCGUUUCCGUGCGGAGGUCUUUUUAGUAAUCUUUAGUUCCUGGCGUCAAACAUAAAUUCCGUGAUGCCUCUGAGGCACCAAGCGCCAGAGACUUUGAUGAUUCCCCUGGGGAAUCAUCCGCCAUGAAUUGUAACUUGUAGCUUGUUCUCGUGUUUCUACUUGCUAAAAUGUCAUUUGCCAUUGUGUAUCUAACGUAAGCAGUCAGAAGUCGAGACUCAAUGCGACGACGACGACGUGUUUUAUGAGAAUUCACAAACUUAUGACGAUUCGGAACCAAUAGCGAAUAAUGUUAGUGGAACUAUAAAAAAAACAACGAAGGAUUGUGCAACAUGCACAGAAAAAAUAAAAGAUAAUUCCACGAGCACCAAAAAGACCCGGGAAGAAAUAGAUGAGCGGCAGAUUCCAACAAUUAUUGAUUUGCAUGGUUGCAAAUAUUUUGGACAAUUCGUGUCCAACGAAUUGCUACGAUUUAGUAUAAAUGAAAGAUAUGCAAUCAUGCAAAAUAUUAUAGAAAUUCUGAAAUAAUCAUUUACCAACAUUAUAGUAAUGUGUGAGGAUAGAGCUGAUGAGUAAGAGUAAAAUGAAACCAAGUUUAGUGUUUAUAUAGAUUUAUUAAUAUUUAACGUACAACGUGAUACUUAUAAAUAAGGCUAAUUAUUAUAAUUGUUUGAGAGACUGAUUUUUCAUUAGCCGGGUCUACACCAAAAAAGAUCCAUCGAUCCCGCGAUCCGCGAUCCAGGAUCGCGGAGCGUGGAUCGUGGAUCGUGGAUCGUGUUAGGCCGAUCCACUUUUGGAAACUUGCGAUCCCAAAUAUGCGCUCCAAGCGAUCCUAAGGCGAUCCGUGAUUCAGCCAGUCUAACUCUUGUACGAUAUGGAGUCACACGUACAACGGCGGCGUCUUGCCGUUGCAGCAGUAACUUUUAUUUUGCUUAAAUGCUUGCGCAAAAAAUCACAAAAAAGAAAACGACGGUUUUGGGUGAAACAAAUUUACAAAAAUCGCUUGGAAUCUGGGAAUCAGCUGUACGCAGAGUUAGUGUCAGAUAAAGUUGAACACAAUUUUGCAAGAAUGAAUGCUAAUCAAUUUGAGAUAUUGUGUUCAUUAUUGAAUAACAAGCUAAGAAAGAAUGAUACAAAUUAUAGAGAUGCCAUUACUGUGAAGGAAAGAUUAUUACUAACAUUGAGAUUUUUAGCAACUGGAGAUUCGUAUGUCAGUUUGCAGUAUCUGUUCCGCAUUUCCAAACAGUCUAUAUCGAAAAUUAUUCCUGAAGUUUGUGAAGCCAUCAUUGACCUGUUAAAUGAUUAUGUAAAGGUGCCGUCAACUGAAGAAGAAUGGCGUACAGUUUCUCAGCAAUUCGAGAAUAAGUGGAAUUUCCCACACGUGAUAGGAGCGAUGGACGGCAAACACGUCGCUAUACAAUCGCCUUUCAAUAGUGGCAACGACUUUGAUAAUUACAAAUUAUUUCCUAGUAUUGUUCUUUUUGCAUUAGUAGAUGCAAAUUAUAGGUUCUUGUAUGUGAAUGUUGGGACUAAAGGCAGAAUAUCAGAUGGAGGCGUGUUCAAAAGCACAAAUUUAUAUAAAAAACUUGAAAAAAAAGAGCUAAAUAUUCCUCCACCGGAGAUAUUGCAAGUUCCCUAUAAAAUUGAGGUACCCUAUUAUAUACUAGGUGAUAAAGCUUUUCAGCUUAAUGAUUAUACUAUGAAACCAUACGAUGGUACACGGGAAAGGGGUUCUUGUGAAAGAAUUUUCAACUACCGACUGUCAAGAGCACGUAGAGUAGUUGAAAACGCGUUUGGAGUACUUAGUUCUGUCUACAGAGUCCUGCGUAAACCUAUGCUUUUGGAACCAGAAACUGCGACUAAAGUCGUGCUGGCAACGGUUCAUCUAUAUAACUACUUACGCAGUAAUCCUAACUUUAUAUCGCCAGGAACGUUUGAUACAGUACAGGAGAAUGGAGAUGUAAUACCUGGAAGCUGGCGAAAUGAACCGCCAUCACAAUCGCUACAACCGAUGGCCGUCGUACCAAGAAGAGCAACAGAAAAUGCCACUACAUUACGGUCCCACUUAGCAAGACACUUUGUUACAAACCAUACAAUAGUUUGGCAAAAUGAAUAUCAGUAAACUAAUAGCUUACAUGUUCCAAUGUAUCGCGUGUGGUUCCGGGUUCAUUUUUAUCCGCCAUAAAGUCGAAGUCAUCAUACGCAAACCACUUUGAUUUAUAUGUAUCUUGAGCACCUGAAAUAAACAAGUUACUCAUUAAAAUAACCACGUGUAUUUCUAACAGCUUAAAUGUAAAAAGUGAAAUCACGUGAAAUCCACAGUAAAUAUUAUGAUGUAAUUACUUAUACUAAAAUAUAUAAUUUUAAUACCUACAGAUAAAAA